AUGUCUUCUUCAACUCUACCUUCUGUUGAGCUAGUCUCAUUCGACGCUGCUAUGUAUGAAGCCGCCACGAUUCUCGCUGAACUUCGUCACGCGCGCCCCAAGACACCCUCUACGCCUGCCACAAGACCUCUGUCCGUCGUCCUCCCCUCAAUUGAGUUGGUCCCACUGAGCGACGCAUACUUCGGAUCUGCCCAAGCCCCCAACACCUACGGUAGAUCUGGCCUAACACUCAAGCUGCGUUGCAUCCAAUCCGCCCUUCAUUCCUCAUCUACUCCCAUUGCUGGCGCUGGCCCUAAGCGCAAGAUCACCCACCUCGUCACCAAUCCUGAAGUCGACGCCGACACCGAGAUCGAAAUCAUGCCUCGCAAGCGUCGCGUUAAGAAGAAUGUUGAACUUCCUUCCACGCUGCCUCUGAUGCUCAUUGCCGCACCCACUAUGAAGCGAAACAAGCGCGUUCUGGACCCUAAGAAGGUUGGGCAUGCCGCCCUCAUCGCUACCGCCACCAAAGCUGGCACCGAGUAUUACGACUCGGACGCGGACGAUGUCGUUGGCGACGUCAAAAACACCACGAAGCCAGAACUGUUUCGCAACGUUGCGUGGGGCGCAUACGCCACCUCCUACGGCAACGAGGAUGACUUCCAGGCGCAGCCUGACUUCACCCAGUUCGUUCCUGGCCGGUUUGAGCUGCUCCCAGACGGCACCGCGCGUGACCAGAAGCACAAGCUGGCGGUCAAACUCCUCGACAAGAACGGUAAGAAGCACAUCUUCGCCAACCCUCCUCCGCGCGACUGGGCCUCGCAAGCGGCCAUCACGGCGCUGAACAAGCGCACUGUUCAGCAGCUCCGGCGCAACACCAGCGUCCGGUUUCGCGAGGUUGUGCAGGCUUACGUCGCGGAGGAGCGGCGGUGGAUCCUCGCCAACCUCAAUGCCGGCAAGCCAACCAAGGGGUGGAAAGCCUUUGUUGAGGCGUUUAACAAUAAGUUCGGGGGCAAGAUGCUCGCGGGCACGCCCGGUGCUCGGCCUUUCAGAAGUCACUCCAGUCUUAACAAAGAGGUGGAGAGAUUUGGAACUGACUUCUAUAUGAAGGGUCGGGUGCCGGUGCCGGCCAACCAGAAGAUCAAUAAGGAGUGA